UAUAAACCCAUCCCCCAUUUUCACAUAAGAAACAUCAAAACCUAAUUGAAAUCUUCAAAAAACCCUAGUUUUCUUGUCAAGAAAUUAAAUCCUUUAAUUUAUAUAAAAAUGGGAAUCCAAUUCAGCCAUGAUCAUUCCAAUUCAGCCAUCCGAGACAACAAUAAUCAUCAUCAAGAUUGCGAGAAUCAGAAGAACAAAACGAAGAUCGGUGACAACACAAGCCAAAAUGGAUCAAGCUGCUUCAAGAUUCCACUUCAUUAUCCAAAAUAUACAAAGAGUGAUUAUGAGAAAAUGCCAGAGUGGCAAUUGGAUCAACUUUUGAGGGAGUAUGGCUUGCCGAUCAUCGGAGAUUCUUACGAGAAGAGGAAGUUUGCUAUCGGAGCUUUUCUCUGGCCGUCGGAGAAGGAGCACUAGUUGUAAUAUCAUGUAACCUUAACCUUAUUACAUCGUACUUAAUAAAUAAAUAAAUAUAGGUGGUGAAAGAGUGAAAAAUACAGAUAUUUGCAUGUAUAUAUAUUCUCUAUCUUGUAUAUUAGUAUAUGUAUGUUUUAUAUUAAAAAAAAAUUAUAUUUAUGGA